AUGAUUAUUUCGACUCGUUCGACCGUUUCGAUGAGCCUAGUCUGCCUCCUCAAGACAUUUUACAAUAAGCUAGAAGAUAAGCCCUGUCCUCGAAGAAUGUACCGUAGAGCUCAAGAGGUGUGGACCAAAUUUAACUGCAGCAACUUGGGUCAAUAUGUUGACUUAUACAUGAAGACUGAUAUUCUACUCCUUGCAGAUGUCUUUGAACAGUUUAGAUCAAGCUGUAUUAGCACUUAUGAUUUAGAUCCGGCCCACUAUUUUACACUACCAGGCUUUACUUGGGAUGCCAUGUUGAAAUACACGCAACAAGAGCUGGAACUCCUUACCGAUCAGGAUAUGUUUCUCUUUGUCGAACGGGGUAUUCGUGGAGGGCUAAGUCAAGUCUGCUGUAAAAGAAGAGCUCAUGCAAACAACAAAUAUAUGCUCAAAUAUGAUUCAACGAAACCGGAUGUCUAUCUAAUGUACAACGACAUCAAUAACCAGUAUGGAUGGAGUAUGAGUCAAUAUCUUCCAUAUGGAGGCUUUGAAUGGGUAGACUCCAACAUCGAUAUCGCUACGAUUCCGGAUGAUGCAGACGAAGGUUAUAUUUUAGAAGUUGAUUUAACAUACCCAAAGGAUUUACAUCAAGGACACGCUGCUUUACCGUACUGUCCUAUACAUAUUAACCCGAAAACUUUAAAGCCACCUAUUACUACUAAAGAUCCUCCUUCAAAACUCAUGGCGACUUUGGACAAUAAAGAAAAAUUAAUACGUCAUCCACUAUCGCGCCUUAAAACAAGCAUUAGAGCAUGGUCCCCUUGGCUAAAGUCCUACAUUGACCUUAAUACAGAACUAAGAAAAAAAGCCAAGAAUGAAUUUGAGAAGAACUUGUUUAAGUUGAUGAAUAACGCGGUCUUUGGGAAGACUAUGGAAAAUGUCAGAAAACGGGUUAAUAUCAAAUUACUAUCCCAAUGGAAAGGACGUUACGGCGCAGAAUCAUACAUUGCGAAACCGGAAUUUAAAUCUUGCGCCAUUUUUAACGAAAACUUGGUAGCUGUAGAAUUGAAUAAGCUUGAAGUCUAUUUAAAUAAGCCUAUAUACGUAGGUCAAGCCAUUCUUGAUCUAGCCAAGACGACCAUCUACAGCUUCCAUUAUGACUACAUGAUGGAUAGAUUUGGAGAUAACUGCACAGUUCUUUACACAGAUACGGACAGCUUAAUUUAUGAAAUUCGUGAACAAGAUCCUUAUAUGGCGAUAAAAAACGACUGUUUUAAAUAUUACGAUACUAGCGAUUAUGACCCCAAUAACCCAUAUGGCAUACCCCUUGUAAAUAAGAAAGUGUUGGGCAUGAUGAAAGAUGAAAAUAAUGGACAGAUAAUGACCGAUUAUGUAGGAUUACGAUCGAAACUGUACACCACUAAAGUAUUAUCCACUAAGGACGAUUUAAUAAAACUACAACAGAAAUUGGAAGCGGAGGAGUAUGAUGAGGAUGAAAUUGCUACGAUUAUUAAAAAUUAUGGUUUGACUAAGAAGGCAAAGGGGAUAAAGAAAAGUGUAGUAGAAACUAAAAUUACCUUUGAUGAUUAUGUGGAGUGUCUGGAGACCUAUAAGCGCAAAACUACAUCUCAAAAUUUGAUUCGUACGGAUAAACAUCAAGUUUAUUCCAUAACGCAGUCGAAAAUUGCUCUAAGUCCUGAGGAUGAUAAGAGAUACCUGAUUCCUGACUCAUUUAACACUCUACCGUGGGGCCAUUAUGCUAUCAAUAAGCCUCAAGAUGUUGAACAGAUGGAAGUUGAUUAA